AUGGUGUCACAGUCCUUGGGCCAGCAGGAUUUUCCUGUGGAGCCCUGGGGAGGGGUGAGUGAUGACUUCGGUGACACUGAUGGUUCACCCAGCCUCCUGGACGCUGACUGCCCCUCUUGCCCAUCAGACGUCAGGUUCACGAGGCACAAAGCUGCCUGGAUUAAUCCCCAGGCUAUGCAGCUUCAGCUGCAGGAUUUGCCGCUUCAGGUGCCAACAGUGAGGAACAUUGGCAGCAACUCUGUGGGGGAUACUGCCUCUCCCUUGGGCACUUCACCUUUGUCUCUUGAGAACUCCAUGGUGGAGACAUCACUGUGGAAGGACACCGCGGGCUCCAUGGAUAGCUCGGGUAAAAAGAGCAGUGACUUUUCUUUUAACCCCGUGCAAGAGUGUGCAGAGCCCCCAGGACGCUCUCCUUGGAUGUCUCCGUUCACAAGCUCCAAGAUUUUGACGGCUUCCCUAUGUCCUGAAGCUGACAGUGCUUGUUUCAAGCCUUCUCACCUGACAGCUUCCACUGACAAAGGUGCUGUUCAAAUAAAUGGAAGAAGCAUUUUGUUAAAUUCCUUCUCACCAGAAGCAUUCAUGCUUCCAGUUGAUGUAGAAAAGGAAAAUGCCCACUUUUAUGCUGCAGAUAUGAUUAUAUCAGCAAUGGAGAAAAUGAAGUGUAACAUCCUGAGUCACCAGCACACAGAGAACUGGAGUACAGAAGAAGCCGGUGGGUCACUUGGGAAUGAUCAAAGUGACUCUGAAGUGACCUUUUAUACCAAUAUAAAGCAGGAAUCUGGGUCUUCCACUUUUUCAAACAGUGGCUAUGAAGGUUGUGCUGUAUUACAAGUCAGCCCAAUUGUUAAAACACCUACUUACUGUGAUGUGGUGAAAGAGGCCUGCAAAUGUGACUUUGAUAAAUUUGUUAUUGUAGAACUUGGAGAGUCCAGCAAUACCACAGAAACCUAUGGAUGUUCCUGUAGCUCCUCCAAGAGUGUUAUUUAUGAGCCACACUUCAAUUCAGCUGAGCUAAUAGCCAAAGAAUUGUACCAAGUAUUCCGUAAGUCCUGGAUGCUGUCAGAAGUUAAUUAUCAGCUGGCCGUUUCCCUGAAUGCAUCUGGCUCCAUAGUUGUAAAUGAAGAGCAUAUCCGAAAAGACUUUGAAUCCAGUGUGGAUUUUAAAUUUAACUCAAGGAUCAGAGGGACAGAAGACUGGGCACCCCCUAGAUUUCAAGUCAUAGUUAAUGUUCAUCCACCACAGAAGAGGGAUCUUGUAGUAGCAGCCCAGAAUUUUUUCUGUGCUGGCUGUGGAACUCCAAUAGAACCUAAGUUUGUGAAGAGGCUCCGUUACUGCGAAUACCUGGGCAAGUAUUUCUGCGACUGCUGCCACUCUUAUGCUGAGUCCUGCAUCCCUGCGCGGAUCCUCACCGCCUGGGACUUCAGGAAGUACUACGUCAGCAAUUUCUCCAAAUGGCUGCUGGAUAGUAUAUGGCACCAGCCCAUUUUCAAUUUGCUGAACAUCAGCCAGAGCCUGUGUGCGAAGGCCAAGGAGCUGGACAGAGCGAAGGAAAUCCAGGAGCAGCUGUUUCAUAUCAAGAAGCUAUUGAAAACCUGCAGAUUUGCUGAAAGUACAUUAAAAGAAUUUGAGCAGGUGCCCAGGCAUUUGACGGAUAAUCUCUACCUGUUCUCCCUGGAGGACCUGGUCAGGGUCAAGAAAGGGCUACUGGCACCCGUGCUCAAGGACAUUCUGAACGCUUCCCUUUCUCAUGUGGCUGGCUGUGAGCUGUGUCAAGGAAAGGGCUUCAUUUGUGAGUUUUGUCGGAGUGCAGCUGUCAUCUUCCCAUUUCAGAUCACAACGUGUAGAAGAUGUUCAGAGUGCAGAGCUUGCUUUCACAAGCAGUGCUUCCAGUCUUCUGAGUGCCCCCGGUGUGCAAGGAUCACAGCUAGGAGAAGACUUUUGAAAAGUUUGCCAUCUGCAGCAACAUAA